CUGCUGCUUAUCCGGUGAUGUCGCAUCGCUGCUAUUUUCUCCCUAUAGUCCCUCUCACUAUCAGCCUACAGCUCUGGUGGACUGACACGGGUCUCUGGCUGGAAACAGACCGAGAAUAGGACGCCAACCGGAGGCCAAGGAAAAAAACAUGGCCGAACUCGGCGUAGGGUGUCUGGCGUUGGGAGAACCAGCUUUUAGCUACCAACAAGAGCAUGAGUUGAACGAGCGGCUGAAACGGCUCUACCCGGCUGUGAACGAGGAAGAGACCCCUUUACCCCGAUCCUGGAGCCCCAAGGAUAAAUACAGCUACAUCGGGCUGUCACAGAACAACCUGCGGGUCCAUUACAAAGGCCAUGGGAAGAACCAUAAGGAUGCAGCAUCAGUGCGAGCCACACACCCAAUCCCUGCCGCCUGUGGGAUCUACUACUUUGAAGUGAAGAUUGUCAGUAAAGGUCGAGAUGGGUACAUGGGCAUCGGCCUGUCUGCACAGGGAGUCAACAUGAACAGACUGCCUGGAUGGGACAAGCACUCAUAUGGUUACCAUGGAGAUGAUGGCCACUCUUUCUGCUCCUCUGGGACGGGCCAACCGUAUGGGCCGACGUUCACCACGGGUGAUGUGAUUGGCUGCUGUGUCAACCUCAUCAACAACACCUGCUUUUACACCAAAAAUGGCAUCAGUUUAGGUGUUGCCUUCACGGACCUUCCUCCUAACCUGUAUCCCACCGUGGGGCUUCAGACGCCAGGAGAGAUUGUAGAUGCAAACUUCGGCCAGCAGCCAUUUGUCUUUGACAUCGAGGACUACAUGAGCGAGUGGAGGGCGAAGAUCCACGGAAUGAUUUCCAGCUUCCCCAUCGGCGAGAGGCUGGGGGAGUGGCAGGCCGUCCUGCAGAAUAUGGUGUCCAGCUACUUGGUGCAUCAUGGAUAUUGUGCAACUGCAACAGCGUUCGCCAGAGCCACAGAGACCACAAUACAAGAGGACCAGUUGUCUAUAAAGAACAGACAAAGAAUACAGAAGCUGGUUCUGGCAGGGCGGGUCGGGGAAGCCAUCGAAGCCACUCAGCAGCUCUAUCCGGGUCUGUUGGAACGCAACCCCAACCUGCUCUUCAUGUUGAAAUGUCGGCAGUUUGUGGAGAUGGUGAACGGCACAGACAGCGAGGUUUGCUGCCUGACGGUCCGCUCCCCAAAGUCCCAGGACAGUUACCCCGGUUCCCCCAGCCUUAGCCCGCGGCACCCAGCAAGCAGCACGCACAUCCACAGUACUGGAGCAGACAGCCCCACCUGCAGUAACGGUGUCGCCACGCCCAACAAGGCAAAGAUUCACAGCAGCAGCAUUAAAUACCCCAGCGCCUCCUCCUCUAACUCCUCCUCUACCUCCUCCUCCCCUUCCUCCAUAAACUACUCUGAGUCCAACUCUUCGGACUCCACCAGGAGUCAGCCGCACAGCGCCAAUAGCACCCAGGAAACCAGUGACAGUGAGAUGGAGAUCGAAGCGGAGCAUUACACCAAUGGUGUCGUCGAAAGCUCGUCGGCCCGGAUCAUGAAUGGCACGUACAGACAUGAAGAGAUCCUUCAGCCCGAUGAUAACAGCAUCUGCAACGGUGUCACUGGAGCACAAAAACACUCUGAUGGGAGCCGCAGUAAUGGCAAACAGUUCUGUGGAGGGAACCAGGCAGCCACAGAGAGGAUGAUCCAGUUUGGGCGGGAGCUGCAGGCGCUCAGCGAACAACUGUGUCGCGACUAUGGCACUAACACCACGCACAAGAAGAUGUUACAGGAUGCAUUUAGCCUGCUGGCGUACUCAGACCCCUGGAACUGCCCAGUGGGCCAGCAGUUGGACCCCACACAGAGAGAAUCACUCUGCUCCGCUCUCAACAGCGCCAUUCUGGAGUCCCAGAACCUUCCCAAGCAGCCUCCGUUGAUGCUGGCGCUUGGACAGGCCACAGAGUGCGUUCAGCUCAUGGCUCGGGUUCGGUCCGGUUCCUGCUCCUUCGCCAGGAUAGACAACUUUUUGCACUAGCCCUCGAUCAGGUAAAUCUUAAGCAGCACUGAGAUGUCCAGCUGGUUGUUGUCAAGGCGACGAAGAGGCGAGCAUGCAUCUGAUUGGAGCAGAGAAAGGAAGAAGGCUUCCUAUUUAAUUUAGUAUUAUCAGAUUUAAUAAAUGUGUGACACUAUUUAAAGAUAAUUAUUAUUAUUAUUCAGUUUAUUUAGCCUUUUUUUUUUUUUUUUUUGUAGCAUUUUUUUGUUUUUGUUUUUUGUCAGUUUUUUGUGCUUAUCCCAGAAAAAUUUAUCAUCUUCCCCCUUUUUUAUUCUUUCUUUUGUUGGCCUUUGAUUCCUAUAGUCAGUUCUGUUGUUUUCAUUUCCCAUAUCAACCCCAAACAAACCCAUAAGAUCCUGGAUAGCAUUUAGCACAAACUUGAGGAGCUUUAACUUUGAAGAGCCGUUGCUUUCUUCAUAGGACUAUCAACGUUCGGCUUCAAUGUCAUUAUUAAUUCAAGGUUUUAAUGAUGGAUUCAAACUCUUCUUUUCCCACAGUGGAAGGAUUUAUCCAGUAGGAUAAAACCAUUUUGUACUCUGCAAAGAUAUUUGUUUAAGUGUGGCCAACAAUAUUAGAAAAAUGUUGCUGCUAUAAAGAAAAACAGAAACAAGUAAACACAUUAUUUUUAA